GUUAAAGAGCGACCAGGUUCUUCUUCUGCUGCCCCUCCCCUCUCGUCCCGACAAGGAGUCACUCACAAGCACUCUCACAACAUGGCCGCCUCUGAUACUACCAUGACUCCUCCGACGGAGGACGAGAAAAGCUUCUCCAAAGGUCCAAAUGACUCUGUUCAACCUCUUUCGGACAUGGAGGAAAAGGCCAUUAUUCGUCGCAUUGACCUUUGCCUCCUCCCCCUGAUGUUCUUCUCAUACCUGCUACAAUAUCUCGAUAAGACCACACUGUCAUACGCAUCAAUCCUGGGUCUUUUGACUGGCACGCACAUGACUACAGAUCUAUAUUCCUGGACCUCUAGUGCCUUCUAUUUCGGCUACCUCGUCGCAUCCUAUCCCGUCUCCCUGGGCUUUGUCAAAUUUCCCCUGGGAAAAUACCUUUCUACUAUGAUGAUCCUCUGGGCGAUUAUCCUAACCUGUCAUGCAGCAGCCUCCAACUUUGCAGGGAUGACCGCGCUCCGAGUACUCCUGGGCGUCUUCGAAAGCGCCAUCAGUCCCGGAUUUACAUUGGUCGUGAGUAUGUGGUAUACGCCGUCGGAGCACGCCCUACGCAGCUGCAUCUGGUUUGCGGGCAACGGCGUGGCCGCGAUUUUCGGUGGUGUUCUCGCCUAUGCCAUCGGGCACGUCGAGGAUAGACUGGGACCAUGGCAAUGGCUCUUUAUCAUCUUCGGAUUGAUUACCUUGGCGUGGUCGAUCUUCCUAUUCUUCGUGCUCCCUGACUCCCCCCGCAACGCCAAGUUCCUCCAGCCGAAUCAGCGCGAACCCGUCUACCGUCGCGCACAGGCAUGCCAAAAGAGCUACCAGAGUCGCGAAUGGAAGAAGGACCAGUUCAUUGAAGCAUGGCUUGACCCGAAGACAUGGUUCUUGUUCAUCUACAACUUCAUGGUUUCCUUGCCGAACGGAGGAAUCACCAACUUCUCUAGCCUGGUGAUUGAAUCCUUCGGCUUCGACACCUUCAACACUCUUCUUUACACCAUCCCCAUGGCUGCCGUUGCCCUUGUCUUCCUCCUCCUCAGCGCAUACACAUGCAAUCGCUUUCGUGGUCUCCGCUGUUACUGGAUGAUUAUUACUCUUCUGGUCAGUUUGAUCGGUAUCCUGCUCAUGCGACAACUUCCUACGCAUAAAAAAUGGGGCCGUUUGGUUGGCGUUUGGCUCGUCAGCGUCUUUGGUGCUGGAUGGCCACUCAGUCUAAGUUUGAUCUCGAGUAACUUUGCCGGGUUCACGAAGAAGAGUACCGUCACAGCAAUCCUGUUCAUUGGGUACUGUGUCGGAAAUAUUGCUGGCCCUCAGCUCUUCAAGACCAAUGAAGCGCCACGGUAUCAGACUGCGUUUGCGGCUAUUCUGGCAUGCUUCUGCAUUGCUGUGGUCGACGUGAUUGCGCUGCGGGCAUACAUGAUGUGGGAGAAUAAGCGAAGGGAUAGCAAACAGGGCCGGACUAUUGAGCCCGAGUCUCCUGAGCUGGAGGACGCCGUGGAGUCGUUCUCGGAGCAGAGUGCCACCGGCGAUGUGUCGGACUGGCAAAACGAGAACUAUCGGUACUGCCUGUAG